AUGCUUGCCGCCCAGCUUAUCGACAAGUACCUGGGCGGUGCGCUGAGGGACACCCGGUGGCUGCGGUCAAGGCCUGCCACGUCUGCAUCAGCCUGCUCAGCAGCAGUUGGAGCCAAACUUGCCUGGCGAGUGGCUCUUCGCCGCCUCUGGGCCGUUUUCUCCGGCACCCGAACCAACCUCCCAGACCUGACCACCAGGUUCGCCACCCAAGCCUCCGGUGCACCCACCGACGCCACGGCACUAGGCACCCCUCUAGCAGUGGUGGGGCGGUCGGGCGUGACUAUAGGCGAUGUGGCUAUGCGGGAGGAAGCUUCUGGGGAGCUUCAUGAGGCGUGUGUGUGGCUGGUGAGGCGGCAGAGGGACGACACUCAGACGUUGGCACUGCUGGCGGAGGUGGAAGGGUUGCUGCUGAACCCAGGCACUCUCGAGUAUUCCGACUCCCUGCACGGGCUCAGGGUGGUGAAGCAGCAGGCGGGGCUGCUGUCAGAGCCCAAGGGGUCGCCGUGGAUGCAGGCUGGGGAGACCAGGAGGAGGCCGCCUUGGGUUCUGGCAGAGCUGGCAUACGAGCAUCUCCUAUGGAGGGCCUCUCAGGCGCACUUCAAGACAAUCUACGCCGGCCAGCGCCGCCCGCCGCCCCUCCCUCGAGCGGUGAAGGUGCUGCUGGGAGAUCUGCUGCUGCUGUCGGUGCACCGAUAUGAAUCCGUGCAGGGUGUUGCACGUGCCAGCCUGGAGCUGCUUCUCAAGCGCUUCCCGCCAGCUGUCGACACGGCAUUGCGCCAGCUGGCGCCGUGCGUGGCUGGGGAGGCAGGCGCAGUUUCAAGACUGAUUAGAAUGGGGAAGAGUGGUGGUGACUGUAAUGGUGGUGAUGGCAGUGGUGACAAAGAGAAGGGCAACAAGGAAGAGAGCGAGACAAAAGAGGGGGGCGAGGACAUGAGAAAGGCAGAGGAGGGAGAGGAGGGAGAGGAGGGAGAGGAGAAGGAGGAUAGGGAGGAGGCAGCAGUGGGAGCCUGUCAGGUCUUUGUGAGCCGACCAAUCAUGCGCAAGAUUGCUUACGACUGGCGGGCGCUCGCUCCCUUCCUCUCUGCUCUCCUUGCGUCGCACUCCAUUGAUUCUCUCAAGGCUCUCAACGCCAUUAACCAG